CUUAACUCCAGCUCAACAAAGAAUUUUGCUUCAACCAUCUCCAUUGCUCCAUAUUCUGUAGCUUCACCUCCAUCAUGGAUUAUCAAAUUCCUUCUUUUCCAAUUAUGUUGGCCUUUCUUGUUUUCUUAUUGAUGCUGCUGAAAACUUGGAGCAAAUCAAAAAAUAAUAAAUCAAAUUCCGUUGCUCCUCCUUCUCCAUGGAGACUACCCCUGAUAGGAAACAUUCACCAAAUGAUAGGCUCUCUACCACAUCGACGCCCACAUGAUUUAGCCAAGAAAUAUGGACCUCUUAUGCAUCUUCAGCUUGGUGAAUUGUCCACCAUUGUUGUUUCUUCUCCAAAAGUUGCCAAAGAAGUAAUGAAAACCCAUGACAUUACUUUUGCAUCCAGACCUUAUAUUUUUUCUCAGGAUGUUAUGUUCUAUAACAGUAGUAAUAUAGCGUCUUCACCAUAUGGAGAUUACUGGAGACAAAUGCGUAAAAUUUUGACAAUGGAGCUCUUAAGCGUAAGAAGGGUUCAUGCUUUGCAAUCAAUCAGAGAGGAAGAGGUAUCACGGUUUGUUAAAUCUAUUUCUUCAAAUGCAAGGUCAAAGAUCAAUCUCAGUGAGAUGUUAAUUUGUUUAACAUAUGAAAUCACUACAAAGACGGCAUUUGGUGGAAGCUGCGAGAAGCAUGGAGCAUUUGUCCCACUUAUAAGAGAAAUCGUAGAGGUUUCCUCUGAAUUCAAUUUGACUAAUAUGUUCCCUUCCAUCAAGUUGUUUCAUCUGAUCAGUGGGAUGAGAACUCGCCUUGAGAAACUGCAUCAUGAAAUCGAUAAAAUACUUGAGAGCCUCAUCAAUGAACAUAGAGUUAACAAGUCAAGAAUCGACAAUGAUUUGUUGGACAUACUCUUGAAUCUUCAGGCACAUGGAGAAUUUCAGUUCCCCUUGACAGCAGACAAUAUCAAAGCACUUGUAAUGGAAGUUUUCCUGGGUGGGAGUGAAACAACAUCUACGACUUUAGAGUGGGCAAUGUCGGAAUUGCUAAGGAACCCAAAAGUGAUGGCAAAGGCUCAAGCAGAGGUGAGGAAGGUCUUUGAUAGAAAAGGAUGUGUAGAUGAAGCCGGGCUUGAAAAACUAGAAUUCUUCAAAUUAGUUAUCAAAGAAACUCUAAGAUUACACCCUCCCCUUCCAUUGUUAAUCCAAAGAGAAUGCAGAGAGAGGGGUCAAAUUAAUGAAUAUGACAUACCGGUGAAAACUCAAAUCAUCAUUAAUGCAUGGAGUAUUGGAAGAGAUCCUAAUAGUUGGAUUGAUGCGGAGAAGUUCUAUCCUGAGAGAUUCGUUGAUAGUUUGAUAGACUACAAGGGGAACAACUUUGAACUUAUCCCUUUUGGUUCUGGUAGGAGGAUGUGUCCUGGCAUGUCGUUUGGAAUAGCGACUGUUGAGCUUAUACUUGCAAACUUACUCUACCAUUUUGAUUGGAAGCUCCCUCAUAACAUGGAUCAAGAAGAAUUAGACAUGACUGAAAAUUUUGGUGGGGCAGUUGGAAGAAAAAAUCACCUGUAUUUAAUCCCCAUUCCUUACAAUGCUAUCCUUGUUGAUUAAGCAUUGAAUUAUGCUUUAGUAGUUUUAGAGUGAGUUUGGUUUGUUUUCUAUGUUCUAUUUUUCAUUUCAUUUUCUAUUUCUAUUUUCUAAUAAAGAAAACAUGUUUGGU